AUGCAGCAUCUGCACCGCCGCCGGUCGCCGCGCGGGCGCCUGGUGCCCCCCCCCUGGGGUGUAUGUACACCAGGAGAAGCUGCUGCACUCAAACCCUCUCAGCCUCAGGGGCCCCCCUGCAGCAUUUCUUCUUCUUCUCUGCUGCCGCCUACACCCCGGGUUGCAGCAGCAAGCAGCACCAACGAAGAAGGGGGGGCCCCCCUCUCUCCUCCUCCUUCUUCUUCUUCUCUUUGGGACUCUCAUCUGCUGCUCUCCUCUUCGCAGUGUUUCUCCGGGGGGCCCCCCUCGGGGGCCCCCCGGUCUCAGCCGACAGCAGCAGCAAUCAGCAGCAGCAUCGGCAGCAGCAGGAGCCAGUUUAAGGGCCUCCCCUCCUACACCAGCAGCAACAGCAACAGCAGCAGCAGCAGCAGCAGCAGCAGCAGUUUCCUUUCAGGUGUAUCUACAGCUGAAACUAUUUGUUUGCCUCGUCCUGCUGCUGAGCAUUCUUCUCUUUGUUCUUCCUCUGUGUUAAGGGGGCCCCCUCUCCCCUCCUAUCCUUCAUCUGUACCCUCGGGGGGCCCUCUCUCUUCGGGGGGCCCCCCUCUGCCUUCUUCUUCUUUACUUAUCAGCAGCAACCUUAAAGAGGGGCCCCCCUCUACCCUUUGUCGUUCUCUCUCUCUCCCGCAGCGCAGCGGAGACCGCAUAAAGUCUGAGGUGUACAUACACCCCACCAACACAACAAAUAUAAACAACAACAGCAGCAGCAGCAGCAGCAGCAGCAGCAGCAGCAGCAGCAUAUCAACAGAAAGGGUAUUAUGGGGCCCCCCCAAGCCGAGUCUGCUAUCUUCUUCUACUAGCAACACAAUCAUAAACAGAGGGGGCCCCCCCCUCUCCUCUUCAGGGGUGCUGAGAGGGGGGGCCCCCCUUCCUCCUUCUUUGGGGGCCCCCGGGGGGCCCCCCUCCUCUCUCCCGCCAGCAGCAGUACCCUCCUUGCGACAGGGGGCCCCCUCUUCUUAUUCCUCUCUAGGGGCCCCCCCUUCUUCUUCCUUGGGGGCCCCCCUCUCUUCUUUUUCUUCUCUCCCUUCUUCUUCUUCUUCUUUGGGGGCCCCCCCCUCCUCUUCUUUUUCUUCUUUGAGGCCUCUCUCUUGUUCUAGGGGGCCCCCCUCUGCUUCUGUUUGUUUGCUGCAGCCUUCUUCUGCUUCUUCUUCUUUGGGGGCCCCCCCCUCCUCUUCUUUUUCUUCUGCGUCUGUGGGGGCCCCCCUCUCCUCCUCUUUCAGUACCCCUUUGGGGGCCCCCCCUUCUUCCUUGGGGGCCCCCCUCUCUUCUUCUUUUUCUUCUUCUUUGGGGGCCCCUCUCUCUUCUUCUGUUAGUCGUUCAGAUUUUCGUUUUACUUCGUCUCCCUCUCCGCUGCAGCAGCAGCAGCAACAGCAGCAACAGCAGCAGCAGCAGCAGCAGCAGCAAUGGCUGGAGCAGCAGGAGCAGCAGCAAUUGAAGCUGCAGCAGCUGCAGCAGCUGCAGCAGCGGCAGCAACUGCUGCAGCAGCAGCUGCAGCAGCUGCGGGAUGAGGUGUAUUUACAGGGGGAAACAUUCGUGCUGCGCCCCCCAUCUGCUGCUCUCCCGCUGCUGCAGCAGCAGCAAACUGCUGCUGCGCUUCCUGCUGCUGCUCCUGCUGCUGCUGCUGCUACCAGCAGCAGCAGCAGCAGCAGCAGUUUGUUUGGCGUGUCAUCGACUUCUUUUGCUGCGACGCAAAAACAAGCAACGCCGCAGCAUCCACAUCAGCACCAGCAGCAGCAGCAGCAACAGCAGCAGCAGCAGCAACAGCAGCAGCAGCAGGAGCAGCAGGAGGAGGCAACUGGAGCAGGAGCUGGAACAGCAGCAGCAACUGCAGCAGCAGCAGCAGUUGAGGGGCCCCCUAUUUUGUUGCAGCUGUCGGUUCAGCCGUCGCUGAUUUCUCUUGCUGCAUGCAGUUCCCUCGCUUUGGCUCUCUCUGCCCUGGAAGACCCAGGCUCUUCUGCUGCUGCUGCUGCUGCUGCUGCACCUGCUGCUGCUGCUGCUCCACCUGCAGCAGCACCACCAGCAGCAGCAGCAGCAGGAGCAGCAGCAGGAGCAGCAGCAGCAGCAGGAGGGUACCGCCACCUGUGUUACUCUCCGCUGCUGCGUUGGCUGUGGAGAGAAGUGCAGCACCGACAGGCGGAGGCUCUCCCCUUUGAUAAACUCACUCUCUCCCUGCUGCAUGCGACGGCACAGCAGCUCUGCUGCUGCUCAGCUGCUGCUGUUGCUGCUUGGUGGCGUGCUGCGGGCCUGCUGCGGCUCUCUGUGGACUCUGCGGCCCCGCUGCUGCAGCUUGCUGCAGCAGCAGCAGCAAACUGCAGCAGCCAGCUGCCGCUCGGUGCUCCUCUCGUCGAUGUUCUUUGGGCUGCUUCUCUCUCCGGCGCACUCAGACUCACAGCAGCAACCGACAGCAGCAGCAGCAACAGCAGCAGCAGCAGCAGCAGCAGCAGCAGCAGCAGCAGUCUGACGGAGUUGCUGCUGCGUGCAGGUCGAGCUGCGCUGCAGCACUCUAUGUAUUUUGCUGCCGAUGAAAUUUCUCUCCUCGCCUGCUGCUGCGCCCUGUAUGCAAGAGGAUACCCAGGAAUCAAACCCAGCAGCAGCUGCAGCAGCAGCAGCAGCAGCUGCAGCAGCAGCAGCAGCAGCAGCAGCAGCGAGUGGAGUUAUGGGGGUGUUGAGGUCCCUGCUGAGUUCGUUGUUGGCCUCGACGGCCUGAAGGAGUACUCUCUCUUAGCUGCAGCUAAACUAGCAGACACAGGCAGCCCUUUGCUGCUAGCAGCAGCAGAAAGCAGCAGCAGCAGCAGCAGCAGCAGCAGCAACAGCAGCAACAGCAGCAACAGCAGCAGCAGCUGCAGCAGAAGAGCCUUUAGAGGAGAUAACGGGCGAAUAAGCGACGCUGCGGAGAUAGAAACGGAGAAAGAAACAGCAGCAAUGACUGAAGCAGCAGCAGCAGCAGCAGCAGCAGGAGCAGCAGCAGCAGCAGCAGGAGAAAGAAGGAGAGAAGCAGAAGCAGCAGCUCUUGCUGCUGAUCUGCUGCAGCUUCUAUCGCUGCAUUUCUCUGCUUCUCUUCUCCCCCCCAAGGCCAGCAGAAUUCGACGCUUCACAGAACACCUGCUCAACGCUAACCAACUACGCAGCAGCAGCAGCAGCAGCAGCAGCAGCAGCAGCAGCAGCAGCAACAGCAGCAGCAGCAGCAGCAGGGGUUGCACUGGCAAAGAGUGGAGUCCGCGUCGGUUCUUCGGUCUGUGGAAAGGCAGUGCUGCUGCAGCAGCACCAACAGCAGCAACAGCAGCAGCAACAGCUGGUGCUGCUGCUGCUGCUGCUGCUGCUGCUGACGGUGGUUUGUCUCUAGGCGACUUAGCAGAGGAGCAAAGCCAUUACAACCCCAGCAGGGGCCAUUCAGCAGCAGCAGGAGCAGCAGCAGCACCAACGGCAGCAGCAGAAGCAGCGGCAGCAGCAACAGCAGCAGCAGCAGCAGGCUCUGCUGCUGCUGCUGCAGAGCAGCGUCGAUCGUGGGGAGGCGGAUGGUGGGAUUGGGGGGCUAAGAGACUUUCCAUCAUCCGCAGGAGGCAGCAGGCAGCAGCAGCAGCACCAACAGCAGCAACAGCAGCAGCACCAACAGCAGCAGCACCAACAGCAGCAGCAGCAGCAGCAGCAGCAACGGCAGCAGAAGAAGAGGCAGAGAGCCAAUUGCUCCCCUGCAAGAAGCAGCAGCAGCAGCAGCAGCAGCAGCAGCAGCAGCAGCAGGAGAAAAAGAAAAAGAAGAACAGAGAGAAGAAGAAGAAUAUAAUAAUAUUAAUAUUAACAAUAAUAAAAAUAAUAAUAAAAAUAAUAACGAAGAAGAAGAAGAAGAGUGCGGAGGUGUACAUACACCCGGAGAUAUGA